UCGUCCCGACGAGGUCCUUUUUCAGUCAGACCUGAACUUUACUUUUUGGAUUUCAGGGUGGAAUUUACGAAUUUGGCCCUUUCUACGAGCUAAAAAGGGCUGUGAAUAGCUUCUGACAGACUUGUAGGUAGGUAAUAAAGAUAACAUUUGUCUCACGUUGUCGCAAAUUUUGCAAGAAUCGUGAGAAUUGUUCUUGAGUCCGUGCCCCCCUCCCCCAUAAUGUUUCACAUGGACCUGCAGGACAAACUUCCUCGCUGCGUGUUAUUAUGUUGUAGAUUAUAAAGUGAUCUGGAAAACAGAAGGUCGAAAAUGAAGUUUGGAAACCGUCUAAGAAAUGUCUGAAGACGUUGCAGUGCCAAACGGAGACACGGAAGGCGCGAUGCCGGGGCUGGAAGUACCGAACUGGUGCGAGGGGUGCGCAGGGUGUCAGGCUCUCAGGAAGGAGUUGCAGGACAAGGAGGCUGAACAUAAGAGAGUCUGGCUAGCAGUCAAACAGAGAGUUAUCUCCACUGACUUGCUGUUGAAGCAGAAUGCUGAGUAUAAGGCCAGAUACAACGCCAAAGCUCAAGAAUGUGACAUUCAGCGUCAGAAAAUAGAGGAGGCAACACGACAGCUAAUAUCCACGGAAAGACAUUGUGAGACCCUCCAAAUGCAGCUGGACAGUGCCCUGAAGGAAAUGGAGCCUCUUAAAAAGAGGAAGCAGGAACUUGAGGAGAGCCAGCAGAAGUGCAAGGCAGAAGUGGAGGAGGCAAGGGACAGGAUCAGGGCCAGUGAGGGUCUAUGCCAGCAAUACAGGGAGGUGAUAAAGAAGUUUGAAGAUGAAGAGGCUGAGAGGGAGGCCAACAAUUCCAAUGAGAAGAAGGUUUCUACUGCCAAGCUGCAAGAGGACCUGGCCAAGCUGAAAGCUGAUCUUGCAUCAGAGAAAAGGAAGAACAGAGGCCUAGAGAGAGAGCUAGACAGAGCAAAGGUCAUGAUAGAUGGUCUUCAGGAGCAGAAUUCCAAAAUACAACAACAAGAUGGAACAUCUGCACAUGUUCCUGUGAUAACCCCAGCAAAACAGACCAGAAGAAGCCAUAAUACCCGUACCAGAACACCCAAGCGAGCUGCGCCACCCCCUGCCAGUGCAAUGAGCUGCUCCAAUACUCCUAGUGAUGAGGAAGAAAUGGACUGGUCCAACGUGACAAAAAGGGGUGUUAUGUCUCCUGUCAUGCUGAUGUCACCCUUGUCUCCCCUCCCGCCUACACCAGCCCCAUGUAGAAGAGAAGAUAGGUUUUCCUCCACAAGUGACAGCUCUGCUGACAACAGUGACAUGGACGAUGAUGCAGACAGAAUCGAGAACGAACUUCUUGGAGGCACAGACAUGGAUGUCGUUGAUGAUGACGCAAACGAUCCACCAAAGCUUUCUCCUGUCAAGAACAACAGUCGCAAUAGACCAUCUAGGCCUAAUGCCGUAAAACCAACAGUGAAUGUUACUGAUGAGAAGGGAAAGACUGCAGUUAAAUGGUCUCCUAGAGAUUGUAUUAACAGCUCGAGUCCUCAGAAACUCACGAGGGAGCGAAGUCAAGUUCCGAGUCGGGGUGGCAAAAGGGGAAGAGGAAGGCCACCUCUGAGGAGAGCAGCAAAAGCUAAGGCUGAAACAGAGGAAAAAGCCACACCACCUAAAGAAUCAAGCAAAGAAUUCAUUGAGAAUGAUUGCCGCUCUUGGUUUGGAGAAGUGGAGGAUCUGAGUGACAGUGAGUCCGAUUCCUCACCAGAAAAAGACCAGGAAAGUGAGACGAAGGUCAAAGAUGGUGCUGAGGAUUUGGUCUCUCCAUCACGUAAGGCCAGGCUGUGUUCUGCAUCAGGAUCCCUUUCAGAGGAGGAGAUAACUGAAGAAGAGAGGAAAACGAGAGGAAAAGUAGAGGUCCCUAUUUCUCCAAAGACAACAAAGACACCAGGAGCAACCCCAUCUAGAUAUCCUUUGCGGUCACGGUCUCAAGACUCUGUGAAACAAGAUCAAACUGAUGAUGAUGCCUCAUCAAGAAAGAAAAACAAGUCAGAGUCAGAUACAUGUGAUAGACUUGUGGUGAAGAAAGUGAAGUCUCCUAGAGCCCAAUAUGCACUUAGAUCAAGGUAUGGAAGUAAAACUGACAAAGUAGAUGAAAGAAUAGAGCCAGAAGAUACAUAUAACAAGACAAAUAUCGUCAACGAAAUCACUGACACAUUGCUGGAACAGACAGCAAGGAAAGACUUGGAUGAAAAGGAUAAGAAAGAAAAGGAAUCAGUGGACAACACAAAAUUGAACAACAGCAUAGAAGAGGAAGAAAGUGACAAAGUUGAAGAGGUGAAAGUGCAUUGUGAAGAAGACAACAAAGAGUCAUCUGGCCUUGACAAAAUCUGUAGUAGUGAAGUGGAAAACAAUACAAACUCUGAGCCAAAGAUUUCUUUACCUCAUAUGGAUCUUCCUGAUGCAUCAUCAGUAAAGGAAGAGCCUUCCAACAUCAUUUCAGCUGAAUCAGAUCAGGAAGCCGAAGAACAACCACGUUCUGAUUCCCCGGAGUUCAGGAGGCCGCUUACAAGGUCACAACGUCAUGGCGGCAAGGUCAACCCUGGAGGCAGAAGAGACAGCUCUUCAUCAGACAGGGAGGGGGACGUCUCUCCCAAGAGGGUAACCAGGUUGCAGACCAAGUUGAUAAGUCCCUUACCUGGUCCGAGCUCCAGAACAAGGAGCAGAAGUUCAUCUUCAGAAAAGAGCCUGUCUGAUGUGGAUGCAAAGGACAACAUUCCCAAAGGUGGUACACCAAGGAGGUCGACUAGAAAGUCAGAAAGGGCAAGUUUGUCAUCAGAAAAAACGACAAACACUCAUACACAGAAGAGUGUAGCCAAGCCUGCUAUACCAAAAAAGUCACCCAAAUGCUUGGGAAUGGAAGAUACUGCCAGAGACAGAAAGUUAGAAGGUGGUGUAUCAGAUAAAGAGAAAUGCACAACACAAACAAAUAUUACACCAGUGUUAGACAUAGCACCACAGAUGGUCACAGAGAAAACUGUGCCAAAAGCUGAACUGCAUAAUAACUCUAAACACCAGAUGUCAAAGGAAGAAGAAAACAAGAAGAGUUCCAAAGUGUGUGCGAAAGAAAUACCUGCAUCAAAUACGAGACACCCAAUCAAUAAAGUUGCUGUUGUUUUGUUGGAACCGUUGGACAAACCAUCACAAAGGACAGAACUGCAAAGGGUUAUGCCAUCAGCUGUGGAGCAACAAAAUGUUGGACAGGGUAGAGAACUGUGCACUGGAGAAAUAUCUGCUGAAAAGAACAAUGUGACUGCUGUAGAGCAGGUAGCAAAUGCAGGUGAACUUCCAGGUCAAGCAACAAAGGAUGGUAAUACAAGCCAUACCACUGACCAACAGAUAUCCCAAGAGCCACAUGUACAAGUAAGUAUAGAUGAGCUUUCCGAUCAACUAAGAAAGGAAGGCAGUACUAAGGAUAACCCUAUCCAGGAGGUACCCAAGGAGAUAGAAUUAAAUGAUGAGCUCCCAGAUCAAGUAAAACAGAACGACAAUUCUAACUUGGUGGUAGCCGAAGAACAGGAGUUAGCAUGUGAUGAGGAUACUAUGGAGGAAGGGGAGCUGUCAGAGAGUGAGACUGAAGUCACACAUGGUGCACAGAACAGGGCAGUAAAUGCACAAGAGCACCAAGGUGCUGCAGAAGUGUUUAUAAGAGAGCAGCCUGGUGUGAGCUUACCUGAGAGGGUUAGUCCACACGUAUCAAACAGGUCCAGUCGCAGCAGUCUAUCCACAUCCCCUGUCUCCCCCCUCCCACCCUCACCUUUUGAAUCCCUGGCACUCUCUCCUCUGCCAGUGUCUCCUUUCCUCUUGGAAGCUCCCAUUUCCCCACUUCCACCCUCGCCAUGGGGGAGGUCAGCAUCACCAGGUCUGUCUCCAUCCCAGCAGGUGCCAAUCUCUCCCCUCAGAGAAACCCCUCUGCCUCCAGUGGUAUCACCCUUACAAGUUACCCCCCGUGGUGAGGAUGGUACGUCCCAAAGUGCUUCCUCCAAGGAUGCUACAUCACCGACAACAGAGAACCCUCACCCCUCUCCAUGCGUGUUCCGGUCCGUUGCUCCAAAGGGAGCUGUGCAGGUGAAACCAAAAGCAAACAGAGGUAGGGGUGCUGCGAGGUCUCUCAGCAUGAACAAUUCUAGCAAGAAACGAGCGAUCCUGUUUGUUCAGAGUGAAAAGACUGCCUGGAGGAGUGGUAAGAAAAGCACCACUGUGCAAGAUAAACAGAAGAGUGCAAAGGGAAAUCCAAGACCUACAACUUUGCCUGUCAAGCCCAACAAUCAACAACUGAAAAGCAAACCUGGAAAUGCCUCAAAUUCAAAGACUGGUGAAGAGAAUGCCAAUAAAACUUUUGAUACGCCAAGUUGUUCACAAAAUGGCCAAGAGGUUACCAAAGAGAUAACUGCUACUCCUGAAGAGAGUUCAAGACAAACUCUAAAGCAGACAAAAACAGAAAGAAAGAAGAAAGGACAGUCCUUCCCACUCCAAGACAAGGAGAAGGAAAAGAAGACACCGGGGAUGUCCAGAGAAAAGGAAGAAGAUCCUCAUGAGAGAAUUAAGGGAGGAGAGUCAAAUAUUAGUGAAGUCUUGAAUGCUGCAGAACAUUUAGUUGUACAGAAAGAUGUCCCUGCUGUCAGUGAUACAAACAAAAGGAGACUGGAUGGAGAUAUAGAAGAUGGUGAGAUCACUGGUGAAAGUGAUGAUGAGGGGUUGGAGGGAAGAGCUGUGAAGAGACUCAAGACAGGACCAACAGACAAACUGACAGCUGACCAUGUGCUGCAGUACAUGAGCAACACACAAGGGGGAGCUACUUUAACAGGUGCUGUCAACAUCAUCAUGGAGUAUAUACUGCAGAGUGAGGGGGCCAGAGUGGACCUGUUCCCAGCUGUGAAGACGAUGUGUGAAACAGGAAGUAAACUGCCCAUCAUGACCACAGCAGAGAUGGCCAUACUGGGCAGGGUGACCUACCUGGCCAAGCUGGUCAAGUGGAAGGGUCUGGUCAAUCGAGUAAGCCGCGCCCUGUCGACGGAGAUCAGGAGGAACAUCAGGACAGAGCACCUGUUGGCCACCUGUAGGCUGUAUACAGGGUUGUGUAGGCUAACAGGAAACCUUGAGCCGGUAAGAAUUCUCGUCUACGACAUUCUGCGAGAAAAGCUGUUCUCCCCAGUGGACAGAGUCCUGACCAUAGUCUCAGUCUGGCCGCUGGUGCUCCAGAGAAGUGGCCCCGCACUGGAAGAUGGGCCCAUGUCACAUGUCAUAGAGUUAGUCCUCAUGAGUCAGGACAUCAAGGAAGAUUUGAAGUCGUGCUUCAAGAGUCUUUACCAAUGGAAGGACGUGAAAGACGGGGAUGUGAACAGUUUGGCAGAGAGGCUUGUUGAACUUUUACAGAGAAAAGAAAGUGCACAACUCUUGACUAACACUGCGAAAGUCAAGUACCCAUGCCUGAACCCCCUGAUGUACGAGACAGCCAAAGCCCUGGAGCUGCUGGCCUCCCACCAGAGCUGGCAUUGGACCCAUGACUACCUGAUACAGAACCUGCUGCUACCAGUUCUACAGAAGUGGAGGGAGACUAAGAGCACUCCCCGGCCCAGGUCUAUCAAAAGCACCGUUCCUCAUGGCACUGUUGUUGCUAUCAUGCAAGUCAUUGGUGGCAUAGGUAGGGUUGGUCUGUUGGAAGACCAGUCUUCUGUAAACCAGCUGCAGCAGGUGGUGAUCAGAAUGCUGACAGAAGCAGAGAAGAGCCAAAACUCAGUACCAUGGGGCAUACAGAUAGCAGCAGCCUUCUCAUUGGUCCAACUGUCACCUAGCAACCCCAGCCACACCCUGACUGCUCUGCAAACUUGGAUGAAGCUGCCAAGACCUGCACUGUGUGUUCUCCCACCCCUACUGCAGCAAAAUGUAGAAACCCUUGCCAUGCAGUUCAGAUGAGAGACUGGACUGGGCCAUUUGACUCAGAAGGGGUUGGAUUAUAAUUUUAAGUCACAACCCACAUAUAAUGUUGUCAAUAAUUGCAUUUGACUUAUAGAUUUAUAUUUGAAGAAACUAUGACAAUAUUCACUUCAUUAAUGAACUGUGUACAGCCAAUAAUGCAGAAAAAAUGAUCUGGCAAGAUAAUCAAAUGUUGUAAGUAAUAUGGGAAAAAUUACAGCUGUUGAAAUAUUUGCUGCUUUCAUAACAGAUUUGAAAGUUGAUAGAUCAAACCAACUUGAUUUAAAAAGCCUGAAGAUUUAUUAGAUGCAAUAUGAUAUGUUGUUGACUGUUUGAUAAAAGAAUCAUGGAAAGACAAAGUUUCAUUAUGGAAUAGCCAUGAAUUGGCUGUUAAAAAUGUGAGAAAACUGAGAAGUUGAGCUUCAGUAGAUGAUCCUGUGUAAUAUUGAGAUGCAUGUAUUUUCUGUUGGUGCCCUUUAUCGUUUUUGUACUAUUCUUUCUUCAUCUGAAAUAUAGAUGCUUAUAAAUAUG